AUGCAGUGUGAGAUACACAGUAUUUAUCCUUACAUUGAUUAUCGUGCCGAAAUGAAGAUCAUGAAUAGCCCGUACAAGCCAGUGCUAGCGUCUAUACCCGUGCGUGAUCGAGUGUUCAUUUUUUGGACAAAUACUAUAGAUGAAUUGUCGGCGAAAGCUUGUCCUCGCAGUGGUGAUGUCUGGAGUCCGAAUCAUUUUGUACCACUGGUUCAGCCUCAACAACGCUUUCAAACCUCACCAACACAGGAAAUCUCCUCAAUCUUAGAGAGUCCGAGAAAGGCAACGACAAAAAACAACCAGGCAACAUUUGUGCGAGUGCCGAAUUUUUCACCACCACCUCCCGCUCAACGGUUAAUUAACACAAUUUCAACAUUACUGCCAUCUUCAACUGAACCUCAACCGGCUCUACGGAGCUUCGAUGCAGAAAGAAAGCGCCAAGAAAGAGCUAGAGAAAAUGAGCAGCAAAAGACUCGACGUCUUAUUGAUGCUCGUCUACGCACAGUGUCGGCUAGACAAAACGAAGAUGAAUCCCAACGAAAAAAACGCCUAGCUGAUGAUCGACAACAAAAAGAAGCGACUCGUGCAGCAGAAAGUACUGAGAAAACACAUGAACGCAUUCGAAGUAUCAGCGGGCGACGACGACAGCGUUCAUUGGAAAACAAGAAUCGAGCGAAAUCCGAUCGUCUCCACUGGCCCAGAGCUAUUCCAACUCAACAGAAAGACCAAUGUCUCCAAGAUUUCGUCAACCAAACAUCUACGUCGGUGUUGAAACAAGCCGUGUGUGCUGUUUGUAAUCUCAGAACAUUCAUCAGUUCGAUGGACGAAUAUGAUAUGAAUCAAAUCCCCAACCAAGCCAGACUCGCUGGUCAUCCGGAUCUGCCCGGAGUUAUUCCAGGCACAGGAAGUGUUCCACCAGUUGAUGAAGCUAACAUCGACAAGCUCCCUGAAAAUGAUGUUCCCGAGUGUAUCUGGUCAACAAUGGAAAUAUUGAACGAUGUGGCUGACGCCGAGGCAGAGCGAGCUGGGUUUGUUUCUGAUCCAUUGGCAGCUGUCGCUGAACGGAGCGAACACAGUGGAACCGAGAACAUUCCCAUGAAUGCUAGAAUCAGAACGGAUGCAGCCAGCCGAACUACCUCUAUGGAAGCAUCCGAAGAAGUGACCGAACAGGAAGAAUUCGUGUACAUGAUUCCUCGUUCCAUACAACCGGUCAACGAUUUCUCCAAUCCUGAGCUCUUGCCUGGUUUAUAUCCAACACUUUUUCCAUAUGGUUGCGGAGUGCCAGAAGAUUCAUUCAAGACCGACAAAAAUAUCACUGAAUCAACAUAUCCGUUACAUGCUAGCAUUGGAAGAUCGACGUUUCGAGAAACAUCAUUCGUUCAUGUUUGUUCUCUUCAACAUGAUCCAACGGCGGCAAGCGUGUUUGAAUGCUUCAUUAAUGGCAUCACGGCCCUAUUUUCGGGAUAUUGCUCCGAAUCUGCAGACCAUCACUAG